AUGGGCGAGGUCAAGGCCGUGAUGGAGCGCCAGGCGGCGUGCGAGGCCAGCGAACAGAAGAGCGCAUUUGAGGCGUGGGUGCAUGAGGCCGUGGCCCAGCGCGAGAGGGUGCUUGGCGCCAAGGUCGGCUCGUGGGAGCACACAAGAGCCAAUGUGGUGGCCAAGCAGUGCCUGGGCCAGGCUGGGUAA